GAGAUAGAAGAAAUUAUUCCUUUGUCAGUCCGGACCGUCGCGUCGUACGUUAAACUGAUCAUCUCGUUCUGGGUAGAAUCAACGGAAAGUAGCAGAUCGAGACCUCUCGAGUAGUGUCAACCAGAAAGACCACGCGGAUGUACCUACCACCUUGAACAUUCUCCAUCGCAGACCAUAACGUGCUUUGGACACCACGACAAAUUACGAUUCAAUACGACCUGCAUGGUCUCUACGAUCCACGAUGAAAUCGAAACUCCACGGCUAUACCGUCAAUCGGUUACCGAUAUCAAUUAUUGCAACAAUUGAUCAUCUCCCUAGCCGAGAUAUCUCGUCCAGCCCAGCAGACAUCAGCGCAAAACAAAGGCACGCAAGAAACUUGUUUGCGAAAACUCCCCGAUGCCCGCUUGCUGGGGAGUCAGAGGAAACUGCAUGCUACUGUUGCUCCGUGCCAACUCCGUGCGAUCAAAACAUCAGAAAGAAAGCAAGGAAAACAAACGCCAAAGCCGAAGAGAGCACGCGGCCAAGCAAUUGAAGGUACGCACGAGAGAAAGACCCCUCGAAGGUGGUCCCCCCUCCCCCAGGAAGAAAGAAACUCUCCGCGAAACUCGCGCUGAGAUGGAAAGAAAGCAGACAGCCGCGUAUGGGAGCGAGCAAGCAACUGGCGAUCGCGACCGCGCCAAGGUAGUGGAACAAAAUGGUUUAACAUAGUUUUACGGCUGGCCACGGUAUCAUACGCCAGUAAGCCGUCCCGCCGUCGACAGCUCCGGACGAGUCAGCAGCUCCAAACGCGCGCGCAGUGCCAGUGUAAGUAAGGCAACCGUACGAGUAGUUUUGCCUGUGGCUUGUCGUCAGGUGUUUCUCGUUUGCGAACGUUUUUGCGGUAAAUGGGACAGUGAAGACUUGCCUAGUGUGUGGUGAUCUCGAUCGAGCGAAAGGAUCGUUAUCCUUCGGUUGGAGAGUUUGUGUCUUUCACUGCUUUGUACAAGAGAAAGUCCUGUGCACGUACGAGAAAGUGUUUGAAGUAGUUUGAAGCAACCAAAGCGCCAUCCCAACCGAUCCUUCGAACGGUGCGUCGUGUGCGUGUGAGUGUGGUGUAAAGGAAAACCCUGAAAGGCGUUGGUUACUCGGCACUUCGCCAGUCCAAAACGUCCCGAAAGCAACGUCGAGACCACCCCGGUAAAUGAGUACGGCCGGAAAAUGGGGCUCGGAAACAAUCUGACUCUGAUCAUCCGAAUAUGGCUGGCUGUAAUUAUCUUCCAGUACGGUCACAGCGAGAAUGUCGAGCCGAGGGCACUAGAAUUAUCAGUACCAUGGCGACCGAUACCGUAUCAUGUGCCCCAGCAGCAACCGCAACAAUCGCAGCAACUGAUCAGUGUUGCCAGCUUCGACACGACGAGCAAGGACGAACUGGUUCACAUCGCACAGCACAAUGCGCAGAUCCUGAAGCAGUUCAACCAACCGAUCGCCCAGUACAGCCAGCACUCGCAGGGUGGCAUGAAGGUGCAGAUCACGACCCAUCAGCAGGCACCCGGACCAAGCCCGGCGGUCUCGGCGCAACAGCACCAUCAGCAGCACCAUCAGCACCAUCAUCACCAUCAACAUUCGCCGCAAGGUGCACCGUCCUUCGGGCAUACACCGGCCGGUCCACCGAAGUACAUGACGACGCCGCUGCUGCAAACGAUCUAUCCAGCUGGGCCCCACAAACAGCAACAAUCACCCGGCCAAUCGAAACCGUUCGUGAAGUCCGAUCAAAUCACCACACUAAACAUGGUGCACAGCUCGACACCGAAGAUCACGGCCGCCAUUUCCACGCACGGUGCGGUUGGUGUAAAGUCGGGCAAGUUCAACGGACAGUUCAGGGAUGUACAACCAACGAUCCAAAAAUCGACACUCAAGCCUCACCCGGUCAUGAACAAGCUACAGUCCCAUCUCGGGAUAACCGGCUUCCGGCAGAAGCAACCGAUCGCUACCAGCUCGAACCGGUUGGAGCAUUUCAUCAACCCGAAUCACCUGUACGGGACUUACAUCCAAUUCGGACAGUCGCCCGCACUCGGUCCAGCCUCGCUAGCACCCUCCAAAACGAAGUUCCUUAGCCAGUUGGGUUCGGGCGGUGUGCCGACCUUCGACUCGCAAACGCUCAAGAACUUCUUCAAUGCUCCCGGCUACACACCGAGCGUGGGACAGUAUAAGAAGCUAAACUUUCUCCAACAGCAGCAACAGUUGCAGCCAAGCAGCGGCGUCAAGUUCUCCUUCCCACACUUUAACCAAAUUCCUGCGGAUUUAGCUGAAUUUCCGAAGAAGUACGUAACACCUUCAUCCGCGGAAAAGGAACUCACCAAAACGGGAUCGGGUGGACUCGACUCGACGCCGCUGUUCCCACAUCUUCCACCAAGCGUGUUGACCCCCUUCUUUCAGCAAGUUCAGCAGCAACAGCAGCAGCACAGUUCUUCAUCCGGCUUCAUCUCCGGUAACAAGUACAACAACUUCAACCUGAAAACCCAACAUCCGGCUCCUCCGGUUUCAUCACCGUCUGGCGCUUCGGGAGGAUCUUCUGCGAAACAUAGCUUCCAGCAGGGACAGUUCCAGUCCGAGCGGGAGUCUCUCAGCAACUUCGGUAGCCAAGUGUUUGGUGGCGGUGCGUUCGGUGCCUACAGCACCCAGCAACCCCUUCCGAUCGAACAUAAACCGUACGAGAUUGUUAAAUUCAAGGAAUCGCCCGGAAAGCAACUUUCAACCAAGUUUAACGAGAUACAGGAUGAGUACAGCAAGAAUCUGGUACCUCCGCCACCGAGCACGCAGCAAGCAUUCUUGCCGACCGUGUUGAACCACCUUUCGGAAUCUUCCCCGAGCAAGGAUCCGAUUGAGAUUCUGAACAAGUACAACAUCAAUCCUCACUCACCGCUUCAGGACGCGAAUCGGUUUAGUUAUGAAUUCCCCCGACCGACUCCCGUAUCGCAUGCGGCUUCCACUGGUGGAUCUGCGCCGACGACUGUUAGUACGACUUCCACCACCACUACCACGCAGUUCCCGACGGCGACGACCCUGCCAAGACAGCAGUACUACCACCAGCACCACUACAACCAGUAUCAGUUCCCGGGAGAGCAAAGCUUCCACAAUCAUCAGUCCUCCUCGCCUGUUCUGGUCACACCACUCAAUGAACUUAGCGACAAUGGGUGGUACAACAGGGAAAAGUACCUCACGACGGAGAAGCCAAAUGUCUUCAAGAAUCUCUUCCGACCGGUGGAGAGUGAAUACAAGCAGCACAAACUGAUGCAUCCCGCCUAUACUGGACUUCCGCCAAAUCGACGCCCAUCGGCAACACCAUCCUCAACCACGACGUCCGCUUCGGCUAGUGCCGGCCCCACCACAAACUCCCCGUGGGAUCAAUCGACCGAAGAACCCAUCAUCACGCACAGCUUCUUCACGAUCGAGGACGCGAUCGCUGACCCGACGCUGAUCCCACCCAAGUCCAAGAACAAGUACAAGUACACGACGGACGCGGAGGAGGAAAAUCGGCAGGAAGAUCUGCAGCUAGAAAUCGUAACCAUUGGACCGUUCUUCGGUUCGGAGGAGUCACCUAUUCAGCAGGUGGUAACGACACCCGCACCCAGCCGAGCACCUGGUUCGAAGGGAGGUAACGGGCAGCAACAUCGCCGAAGACGUCCGAAACCGCACCACCAGAGCAGCACUACCACGGAAUAUACCACCGAGUUGGAUUCUACGGAAUCGACGACAAACGCCAUCAGUCCGAGCGUAAACACGGUCGCGGAUAGCCGAAACCGUAACAGGAUUCGCUUCCGUCCAAAGCCCAUUACCACCGUAACACCUCCGAUCGCCGCUAACGUAGAGACGGAAGCGGCUACCACCAUCCUUCCCACACCACCACCCCUGCCAACGUUCGUUUCUAGUGAAGAGUUUGACGGAGCGGUCAUUAAGAAGUUCCGCAAGAAACCUCACUUUACGAGGAAUCGCCUCAAUGUGCUAAACCAGCGAGAAGAGGAGAAAAACUCUGCCCUGGAUCAAACGGAACCGUCGCUCGCCACGCCAACCCUAACUACGGUUUCAAGCACCAGCAGCACAUCAACAUCAUCCGCGGCUGUUAGUAUACCGGUGGAAGCGUCACCUUCGGUACCGUCCACUAUUGGUGGCGGUUUCCGAUCCCGGUAUCGUCCAGCUCCUCAGCAAAAGGGUAAAGAUUCGCAGGAGGACACACAGCCGAUCGCUGGAGAUGGGUUGAAACUAAACUCCCGAUUACCGAGCCGCCUUCCACCGACGGCUUCGUCUACGUUGGCCACAUCAACCGACCUAGCGGCUGUGUCCUUGUUCAACUCAGACGAAUCGAACAUAAACUCCUCGGAGCCUCAAAAUCGAACCCGUGGCGAACACAACCGACCACGCUUUAGCAUCAAGGAGUACCGAAACAAACUGAACCGUACCGCCGCUAGUACGUCUGGCCCUACCAGCACGGUGGCAUCGCCAGGCAGUGGUGAUCUAGAAACGACAACGGCUCCAAAGCUUCGCUUCCCUACCCGCAAUCGUUUCUUGGUGAACGCGCGCGCGAACAAGACGGUCGAAUCGAACGACGUCCUCCCAACGGGAACCGGUGGGGUCACAACGGAAAAGUCAGCCAACGAAACAACGACGAGAAGUUCGUUCCGGCCGCACGGUACGCGCACCUACAAUCGGUUCACGGUGAAGAAGCCUUCCACGGAAGCGCCUCAAACGUCUCAAACGAGCACGGGAACGCGUGGACAAUCAACCAACGGCAUCCUGGCGACCCGUGGACGUACCAAGACGGCAUACGAUCAGGCAGUGGCGGCCAAUCGUACGCUAGCCGGAACCUACAACACUACCGCCUCGCUAAUCAACCGCCGACCUCCGAAGAUCACGCUAAGGCAACGCAUUCAGAACUACAACCGCAAGAAGGAGAUGGAACAGGCAAACACCGCCACGGGCCCGGCGAAUGAGGGCGAGAAGCGGGAAGAGGUAGCAGACAUCCCUUCGGUGGAUCAGAACAGCGUUCUAGCGGCCUCCGGAGAACAGAAUCGCCCGAUCGAUGAUCUCGGCACGCUCGGCGAUCGGUUCGACUCGUCCAACGGUGUGGCGUCGGACGAUGGGACGACGCGCGCGACCAGUACGACCGAAAGCUACCGCCAUCACGAAACGGCAAUAAUGAAGAUAUCUCCCAAGGAUCCGAACAGCGCAACCGCCGCGACCAACGGGGAGGAUUACGAUCUUAACAGUGCGUCGUCCGAUUACUCGAAGCGCGUCGUUGAGCUAACACUGUCCGGCACCGGUAGCAAGGAUCGCGGCAGUUUCAAGUCCGUCAACAAGGGCUUGCUAUCGCGCAAGGUGCCCGGAUACUUCACGCUCGCCACCGAAGAUCCAAUCCUACCGAUUGAAGCGUUCUUUCCGCAGGUAAAGAAACCGAGCGGAGGGCUAGCGUGAUAGCGAGACAGGCAGCGGGCCUGAUUUUCCCUUUAGACACAUGCAAUUCUGCCAGUGGCCACGGCUAGCCACGAAUGUUGGCUCGCGCCUCUUGGUUAGCGUUUCGUAAAGGUGUGUGUGUGUUGUUGUGUGACACAGGUGCUGGGGCGGAUCUAAACACCCGUAGAGAGUAUUUAAAUUGGCAAGUAUUUAAAUGAGUUUUUUUGUUGUUGCUACCAGCAGGCAGGCAGGCAGGCCGCAUCACCAAUCAGGGCGCGCGCGCAUUAGGGGAUUUGAGGUGUGCGUCGGGGGUAUUUCAUGAGUCUCGCAGAGAAUGUAGAGUGAAGGCUAGGCUUCCCGCGUGAACUGUCGCCGCCCGUCCGUAUAGUACUGUAAAUUAUGCAAAACCUUACGUUUAAGUCCUUAGACCUUAGUAAGUUUAGUAGAACGGUUUGAGUUGCGAGAAAGGAAAGAACUGUGUCCCGCCCUGAGGGUGUACUUUUCCUCCUC